UUUUUUUGUUUAUUUAUUUAUGUAGUGAAUAUUUUUUUUUAAUGUCAGGUUAUGGAUUUAUGAGAAGUAAUGUUGAUUAUUUGUGGAUUUAAUGAUAAAACUUCAUUUCUUCAAAUUUUAAAGUUAUUGUUGGUAGGGCCGAAACUUAUGGGUUCGCAUCAUAGACACGCUAGUUAUAUAAUACCAAAAUCAUUUUCUUGCGUACAUAUGACGUAGAAAUGAAGUCAUAUUACACUUUUAAAAACAAAGUUUUAAGUUUUCGCUUCUGUUGACAGUCCCCGUGGCUGAGUUUUUUUUUUUUUUUUUUUUUUUAAAGAUAUUCCAAAUAUGUUUUUGGGAGACUGUGGAAUGUGGAAGGUCCAGCCAGACGAAAACUGUUUAGUCCAGGCAUCUUUAAAAAAGAAUUUAAAAUACUGUUUUUUUUUCUCCUGGCUCAGCAUACGAGCAGAGUCAUCAAGGCGCCCCGUAUCGCAGUUACUAACGACCUCUACAACCACUGGUUGUAAGAAUGCUGGCGUCAACAGACCUGGCCGGAGGUAUAUAAACUAGUCCCUCCCAGCAAGAUGACACGCUGCGUCUGCGAAGUCUUCCGGCAAGAUGGCUUUCAACAUUCAAGUUUUCGUGUUGCUGAUGGUCGCCGCGACCUUGGAAGCUGUAUCACUCUACCGGGCAGUCGACGAGAAGAACAGCACCCACGCCCUGAAAGCUGUGUCGAGGUCCAACAACAACUUCACUGUAGAUCUGCUCAAGGCCAUCGAGGGCGACAGGAACGAGAACCUGGUCAUCUCGCCGCUCAGCCUGCACGCGGCGCUGGGGUUCCUGGCGCAGGGCGCCCAGGGCUCCACCAAGCAGCAGAUCCUGAAGGCCGCCUACCUGCCCAGCGACGACAAUGCCACCAGGGAGGGCUUCAGGGCCAUGCUCCACCCUCUGCGAAACAACACCAACUACACCCUGCACCUGGCGAACGCAGCGUUCGUCGAGAAGUCGUUCCCGCUGAAGCAGUCCUUCCGGGAGGUGGCCCGCUCCAGCUUCAUGGCCGACGCCAAGACCGUGGACUUCGCGAACAACGCCAGCGGCGCCAUCGACGCCAUCAACCAGUGGGCGAAGAACAGCACCGCCGGCAAGAUCAGGAACUUCAUGUCCCAGAACGAUGCUGACUCUAAGACCAAGUUCGUGCUGGCCAACGCGUUGUACUUCAACGGAACGUGGGAGAAGGGCUUCAACGCCUCACAGACGAAGAAGCGCCCGUUCCACGUGAACAGCGAGACCACGGUGCAGACGGACAUGAUGACCACCACGGCGGGCUUCAACUACACGUACAGCAAAGAGCUGGGUGCCCAAGUGCUGGCGCUCAACUACAAGGGAGGUGAUAUCAGGAUGAUAAUUGGUCUUCCUGAUAACAUUGAUGGCCUAGAGGCAUUGGAAUCAAAAAUCGAUGAACUGAAAAAGACAAUGGGAAAAUUGUUCCCACAGACUGUCAAUGUUACUUUGCCCAAGUUCAAGAUUGAACAAGAAAUUUACUACGACAAUAUUCUGCAGAAGCUGGGCAUCACGGAGGUAUUCUCUCCGGAGGCGAACCUGAGUGGCAUCUCUGACGUCAACAGACUGGCCAUCAGCAACGUGAAGCAGAAGGCGGUCAUUGAAGUCAGCGAGAAUGGCACCGUGUCGUCAGCUGCCACAGAAACCACCGGGACAACUUUAUCCCAAACCUACGACUUCAUCGCAGACCACGGCUUCCUGUACCUGAUAGAGCACGUGCCCACUAGCGCCGUGAUCAUCUGCGGGAGAUACACGAAGCCAUAAUCUGAUGCAUCGAUAGUUGGCUGAACUCUACGAGAGAAAAUAAAUGUAAGCCUGAAAACAAAAGCAGUUACGAAUAAAUACAACAGCAAA